AUGGCCGACGGUUUGAAAAUGGGAAACCUCACCCUCAACGAGUCUCAGCAUGCCCCUGCUGUCCCUCCUACUGGCCGCGCUGCCUACAUCCCUCCCCAUCUCCGCCAACGCCAAACGGGCGCGAACAUGGACGGCGCUGCGGCCGCCCCUCCUCCAGCCCCAGGAUCCUGGAGCGCCAGAGGCCCUCGUGGCGGCAACUGGGCCAACACCAACGCCCCUGAUUUCAGCCCCCGCGGUCCCAAUGGUAACACUAGCUGGAGCUCCCAUGAAGGUCAACGCCGGUCCUUUAACCCAAAUGCUUACGGACACCCAGGUCAUGGAGGCUCUUACGGCGGCAGCAACAGCACCGGCAGCGGCGGUGCUGCUGCCAGAGGCUCUGGAGAUGGUCAAUGGCGUGACGGCAAGCACAUCCCUGGACCCGCCAAUACCCGCUUGGAACGUGAACUUUUCGGCCUUCCCAACGAUCCCACCAAGCAAAACACCGGAAUCAACUUCGCCAACUACGAUGACAUCCCCGUGGAGGCUUCCGGUCAUGACGUCCCCGAGCCUGUCAAUUCUUUCACCAACCCUCCCCUGGAUGACCACCUCAUUGCGAACAUCACGCUCGCCCACUACCAGACCCCCACCCCUGUGCAGAAGUACUCCAUUCCCAUUGUUAUGAACGGCCGCGACUUGAUGGCCUGUGCUCAGACCGGUUCCGGAAAAACGGGUGGUUUCCUCUUUCCCAUCCUCUCCCAGGCUUUCAAGAAUGGCCCCUCUGCUGCCCCGGCCCAGGCUCCGGGCCAACUCAGUUACGGCCGCCAGCGCAAGGCUUACCCGACCUCUCUCAUUCUGGCCCCCACUCGUGAGCUUGUGUCUCAGAUCUUUGACGAAGCCCGCAAGUUUGCGUAUCGCUCUUGGGUUCGCCCGUGCGUUGUUUACGGUGGUGCUGAUAUCGGCUCUCAGCUGCGUCAGAUUGAGCGUGGAUGCGAUCUGUUGGUGGCCACGCCCGGCCGUCUCGUGGAUCUUAUUGAGCGUGGUCGUAUCUCCCUUGUCAACAUCAAGUACUUGAUUCUCGACGAGGCCGACCGUAUGUUGGACAUGGGUUUUGAACCCCAGAUCCGUCGUAUCGUGGAAGGUGAAGAUAUGCCCCCUGUUAAUGAACGCCAAACUCUCAUGUUUUCGGCCACCUUCCCUCGGGAUAUUCAAAUGCUCGCCCGGGACUUCCUCAAGGACUACGUGUUCCUGUCCGUGGGUCGUGUGGGCUCCACCUCUGAGAACAUCACUCAGAAGGUUGAGUAUGUUGAAGACCACGACAAGCGCUCCGUUCUUCUGGACAUCCUCCACACCCAUGGUACUAGCGGUCUGACCCUAAUCUUCGUUGAGACCAAGCGCAUGGCCGAUUCCUUGUCGGAUUUCCUUCUCAACCAGCGUUUCCCAGCUACUGCCAUUCACGGUGACCGCACCCAGCGUGAACGUGAGCGCGCCCUGGAGAUGUUCCGCUCCGGUCGCUGCCCUAUCCUGGUGGCUACUGCAGUCGCUGCUCGUGGUCUUGAUAUCCCUAACGUCACCCAUGUGAUCAACUACGAUCUCCCCACUGACAUCGACGACUACGUCCACCGUAUUGGUCGUACCGGCCGUGCGGGUAAUACUGGUAUCGCCACUGCGUUCUUCAACCGUGGCAACAGGGGUGUCGUCCGUGACCUGAUUGACCUCCUGAAGGAAGCUCACCAGGAAGUCCCCUCGUUCCUCGAGAGCAUUGCUCGUGAAGGCAGCGGAUAUGGUGGUCGUGGAGGCCGUGGAGGCCGUGGCCGUGGUACCAAUGCCACCCGUGAUAUGCGCCGCGUAGGCGGCGGCAACAUGGGCGGCGGUCCUCCUUCCUUCGGCAGCGGCUAUGGUGGCGCUGGAAGCUACGGCGGCGGCGGCGGCAGCUACGGUGCCCCAUCGUACGGAGGCGGCGGCUACGGCUACGGCGGCGGCGGUGGUGGCAGCUAUGGAAAUCCAUCCGGCCCUACUGGACCUUCCUCUUGGUGGUAA